UUGUGGCCAUUGUUGGGUUUUUCUACCCUUUCAGUUCAAUAGCGUGGCGUUAUUGCCAGUGACCGAGAAAAUGAACAAAGCCGGCGGAAUUGCAAUGGGGGGCGGUGGAGGAGGUGGAAGUGGGCCGACAACGGCGGCGGCUGCAGCAGCGGCGCAGAAGCAGAAAGCACUGAUGCAGAGAGUGGAAACUGAUAUUGCCCACAUCGUUGACAAUUUCACUCACCUCGUUAACGUUGCUAGGAUUAAUGACACACCAGUUAGAAACUCACAAGAGGCGUUUAUGAUGGAAAUGCGUGCAGCCAGAAUGGUUCAAGCAGCCGAUUCUUUACUUAAGUUGGUGUCAGAGUUGAAGCAGACAGCAAUCUUUUCAGGAUUUGCAUCUCUUAAUGACCAUGUUGAUCAAAGAAUAGGGGAAUUUACCCAGCUUGCAGAAAAAACAGAUAGCAUGUUAGCUAGAAUUGGAGAGGAGGCUGCUGCUAGCCUCAAGGAGCUCGAAACUCAUUACUAUUCUUCUGCACAGAGGACAAGUCAAACCUUAGAACCGUAACUGAUAUUCCUGAUAAGUUACCAUAUCAUUCACUUCUUUAAUGGACAUGUUUUCUGACUUGUUUAAAUUAUAUACUCAUGUAAUCACCGCCAACAAUUUAUUUGUACGGGAGAAAGAUAUUUCAUGUGUUUAUCCAA